AUGUCGAAACACGCUGAAAUUGACGAAUCUCGUGUAAUCGAGGCCUGCGAAGCUGCCAGUGCUGUUGAAAAACCGAAUUUGUCGAAGAUCGCGCGGGAAUAUGGCGUUUCGUAUAAUAUAUUGCUGGGACGCGUUCGUCAGGGAAAACAGGCUCGCACUACCAGAAAACCGAAUAAUAAAGCUCUUGAUGAAUACCAGGAGGAAGCUUUGAGGCAGUGGAUACCGGAAUUGAGAAAUUGCCAUAUGCCUGUCACCCCUACACUGCUAGAGGAUAUGGCCAAUCUCUCACUCAAGCGCGCAGGUGUUGAUCGCGUUGUUGGCAAAACCUGGGUGUAUCGCUUCAUCAAACGACUCCCUAAGGGUAUGCAGUUAGCGCCAGUGAAGCAGAAAAUGAAGGAGAUUAAGCGUAUCCAAGCGGAGGAUGCGUGGAAACUUACGUUCUGGUAUGAGAAGCUCAAGAAUGUGGUGAGGGCAGAUAUGCCAGCGCGUUUGAUAUACAACUUUGAUGAAUGCGGCUUUCAACCAGGAAAAGGCAAAGAUCAGAAGGUUGUAGGAGGUUCUAAUCCUCCUGAUCUUUCAGAGUUAGAACACUCAGAAACUAUCACUGCCCUUGAGUGUAUCGCUGCAGAUGGCUGGCAUAUGGAUCCGUUAUUCAUAUUCAAAAGCACCACCUUCCAAGAAACCUGGUUUUAUGGAAGUGACGCUCUACCACCCAAAACAACACUAGUUGGUAUAUCUCCAAAUGGCUGGAUAUCAGAUGAAUUGAUUCUUCAAUGA